GCUGCGCUGGAUGAUGUAUUAGAAAAGGGUCAGGAAUUUUGUGAGAAGACUUGGGAUAUCGCAAAGACUAGUGUUGCACCUCAGCCUUUCAUAGAACAGUAUUGCUUCAGGGCACCAUAUGUUGUCUUUUUGUUGAGAGAAGGCUUGCACAUUACUGAUAGUCAGGUAACCAUUGGUUCCGGAAGUAUUACUUGGACGCUAGGUGUUGCACUGUUGGAAGCUGGAAAGGCAGUUUCAACUGGGGUGGAAUUUAUUAGUUACAAGCUAUUGCUCAUGAAGAUGCACCCAAUUAUUCUUUUUGCUAUUUUGUUUGCUUCAUUAGCUGUUCUUCUUUGUGCAUUAUCUUGUGUUGGGAAGUGGAUGCCCAGGUUCUUCCGUAGGCAAUAUCUUCCCCUUUUUGGGAAUAAUAGUGCUUCAUCCACAUCUAUAAUCAACAUUCCAGCUCCUUUCAGUUUCAGGCGGUGGAGUCCUGUUAUUACAGGUGAAGGAAGAGUGAAAAUGCCACUCAGUCCAACAGUCGCUAAUACACAACAGAGACCAUUUGACACUGGGCAUGGUUUCGGUGGCAAUGGUAUCCAGCUCACUGAAUCUUCUUUAUAUUCAUCAUCUAGCAGUGUCGCACAUAGUUUUUCAUCAGGGAGCUUGGGUCAGAUGCAAUUUGAAAGUAGUAGCACGGGUUCCUUCUGGUCCCCACACAGAAGCCAACAACGUCUCCAGAGCAGGAGAUCCCAAUCACGAGAAGAUCUUAUUUCUUCACUGGCUGAAGUGCCCUUGCCUCCAAAGGUUUAAAUCUGAUGGUAAUAUUGCUCUUUGAAGAGAAAAUCAUGAGGCUGAUGAUUGCUAAUGGCUCAUUAGCCAAAUUGCUAAUUACCAUCAGCUAUGAAUCUCAUGAUAUACGCCUGUCCUGCGUUCUCCUUUAGAGGCACCAUAAUGAGGCUACUACUUAUUCAUCUGACAUUACAUAGAAUAGAGUCAUGACACGGACAUUAUCAGCCAAGAGAAGUCUGUCCUCACUAAGCCAGGCGACUGUGCAGAACAACAGAGAACUUGUUACUAUGAGGAGCUUGGCAAAGAUUUGCAUCCUGUGAAUACUGGGGAUACUAAUGAACUCCGACUAUUACUCCAACUUGAUAGUCCAAAAUUUCACAUGAUUUGAAUGGAGGAGAUUCUCUAAAUAUAGUCCUUGAUGUGAAUGAGGUAGCCGGCUUGUAAAUGGUCAAAUUGCAGGUUAGGUUAACUCGAGAUUUUGGCAACUCAUUCUCUACUCAUAUUUCACACAGUAUACAUGUUUCUUAAUUCUUUGUACUACCACUAUUCUAAUGCUAUUUAGAGAAUUCAACAUUUUCA